AUGCUGCCGUCACCACCGGACUCCGUCAACAUGUCGGACGUGCAAGGUAAGCCCUUCGUCCUUGACCCGCGGAGUCAAGAACCGCUCCCCGCCCAAGACAAUACGUGGUUUGACUCUCGAGUGAUGUCUCGGGACCAUGCUGAGCUGAGCAUCGCUCCGGAAGUCCGCAACAUCUACAUCUGCGACUACGGUUCGACUCAUGGAACAUGGAUCAACAACACCAAAUUGAUCACCGGCGAGAAGACUCCGCUCAUUCAUGGGGAUGUUCUGACAUUUGGUGUACCUGUGGAUCGGGAAGAUGAAACUUAUCCCGCUCUGGCUGUGAAGUGUAAAUUCCACUGGGUCGACAAACGGCCUGUCAGCGAUGAGAUUCCAGUGAAAUCCAACGUCAUUGAAUGCAUUACCCCUCCCGUCUCAAAGCUCAGGCCCUCUACCUCCACCAACACCUUCUGUGUCCCCGAUGAUGACAGUGAUAUUGGAGAAAUCCUAGUCCCAAAGGUACGAUUUCCAUUCACCCAAUGGCCGAGAAUAUCCGCUCAUCCGCUGGAGCCCAUCUGUGUCGAUGAGGACGAACAACCCCUUUCACAGACCAUACAGAAGGAGCAGCACAUGGAGGAAGACCUCCUUAAAUACUCGGAACUUGAAGACUCUGACUACGAAGAGGUUCUUGAAGACGGAUCCAAUGAUUCUACAAACUCCGAGGAGGAAUCAGACCUGGGGGAAUCGGUGUCGUCUUUGCUCAUCAAGAGCAACGACUGUGCUAAUAUGAGUGCCGAUACGAGUGCCGAUGCUGAUGUCGCCGAGCUUGACGCAACUCACUACGACAGCGCCUUUCCUUGUUUUGAUGGGGCGCAUGAUAGCUUCCAACCAACCCAUGAUAUCGAUUCCGAUCCCGAUUCCGAUUCUGAUUCUGAUGUUGAAUCUGAAUCUGAAUCUGCCUCGAACUCGGAUGCCCUGUCCGACAAGGAGUCUUCUGCUGGGAACGGUUCCUACAAUGGCGAUAGUGAUGACGAUGACGAUGAUGAUGAAGAUGAAGUAUACAUCAAUACCAACAUCAACCCUACUCCAUUCGUCGAUCCGGACGUGCUUUCGCUAGAUGAGCUGCACUCUGUGAACACUGCUCCUCACGUCAAGCCAGAGACUUUGGAGCCCAAGCCUAGCGACCCGCUGGGUAGCCCACCCGCGUACCACUUCCCAGGCCCGUCUUUCCAGUCAGGCCCUUCGUAUUUGCCUGCUCCGUCGUGUUACGAGACCAAUCCAUGGCGAAUGCCUCAAUGCUUUCCUCCUCCACCCCACACGCCUUAUCCACGCUUUGAGUACGCAGAUGGACCCUUCUCGUGCAAAUUUGGAUCCACGUAUCAGCGAGACUUCGAUUCCCGUCCGACUCCCCCUCACAGAGAGCCUACUCCGCUUCCCUCGCUGCCCAAGGAGCUCAGCUCCGAUCCUGAUUCAGUAUCCUUAAAGCGGAAGGCCUCUGAGAUGGUCACCCAAGAUGCCGAGCAACAAGAUGCACAGGAAGCUGAGGUCAUUGUCUCUGCAUCGCAGCCGGAUCUCGAUAGCAUUCCUAGGGCCGAAGUAGUUGAUGCCAUCACAUCCGCCCUGGCAGAGAGCGAGCCUUCACCUAAGCGAGCCAAGACCUCGCACUCUUCGUCCAAUGUGGUGGCUACCUACACUGCCACAGCAGUCAUCAGCGCCCUCCUUGGUGGUCUCGGUACCAUCGUUCUGCUGGCAGCCCUACCUGCGGAGUACUUCCAGUAG